AACCCUAUUAAUAUGCUAUUAAUUGAAACGACGCUGUUUUUAUUCGUUUCAACUUUCUUCGCAACGCGCUCCAUUUUGUUUUCUUUACGACUCCGUUUCUAGCACCGCCAUUCUUCUUAGCCACCGCGUCGUCGCUUCUGCUGUAGUCGAUCUCUACAUCAUACAGGCCAACACAGUGAGGCAAGCCCUCGCCAUCCUUUGUAUAAAUGGCGUUGAGAAUAGGGAUGCUCAAGACCGCAGUUGGUAAGUACGGGUGCACGUUGUCGCUCUUGAGAUGGGCUCACAUCGCAUCAAUGCCUUCACCGUUGGAUGGCUCCCUCCAACGCACGACGGCACCUCCAGAUAUGGUUUUGCCAGAGUUCGAUACGAACCCAGAUAACGUCAAUAGCAGCUACAGGAACAACUUAGAGUGUGGGUUCCCGAGUUUCUCCUUCGGUGGAUCCAUAGAAGUGAUGGCUGUCCCUAAAAAGAAGGUGUCUCCCCAUAAGAGAGGCAUAAGAAAUGGACCAAAGGCUUUGAAACCAACACCAGUUAUUAUUCGUUGCAGGAGUUGUGGUAGAAUCAAGCUGCCACACUUUUACUGUUGCAGUGGUGACAGAGGGAAAGCUGGUGAGCAAAAUAACUAAACAAGGAGCUUUUAAUUACCUGCCAGCUGAGAUUAGUGAACUAUGAAGUUCAAUAAGUAGGUUUUUCUUGUCAAUGGUUGAAACUUUAUCCGAUUAUCAGCAAUUUGAAUUGACUUUUUGUGGGAAUUUCAAUUGCAUUUUGCUACUAUAUUAUCUACUAGUUUUUUUCA